CAAUACAGAACGGGCCUAGCCAGUUUCCCCGAGCCUCGGGCUGGAGUGAGCGCUCAGCCGGGCCAGGGUGAAGGGCAGCCGGCGACAGUCGGAGGACCGAUGCGGGCCUUUUCCGACCCCAACGGAAGCCAGGUGGGGUUUCGUCCAGCGGGGAGAGCGGAGAGGUGCUGAAUAUGGCAGCCGAAAGCCAGAAGCCCUGGAGGAAGGGGACGAGACGACCGGAGAGUGAGGAGCCGCUCCAAUGUGUCGGCCAGCAGCUGGCUGAGCCCGGGAAGUUUGCCUACGCAGCUCUCUGGGGCAUAUCGUUGGCGUCCUUGUUUCCCGGACCAGAAGACAGCUCCUACAGGACCGAAGUCAUCGAGCGCCUGGUGAAGUGGCUGGAGCUCUCCGAAGCUGUCUUGCCCGCCAUGCUGGCCUUCGCUGGUGGCUUGGGAGGCGAGGGGACCGACACCUUUGUCCAGAUCCUCCUGAAGGAGCCCGCCUUGAGCGAGAAUCCCAAGAACAUCACUCAGGAUCUCGUGGCCUUUUCUCUGAAGGACGGCUCCUACGAUGCCCGGCUGCGGGUGCUUCUCGCUCACGUCACCUGGCUGCUGAGGAUUCCUCCGGUGGAGUUGGAGGCCGCCGAGGAGCGUCUUCUGGAAUGCCUGAACGAAGAGGAAGAGGAGGAAUCCGAAACGGCAGAGGCAUCACGGAAGAAGAAAGAGAGGAGGAGACGGCUAAAGAGGUACCUGCUGAUCGGCCUGGCCACCGUCGGAGGCGGGACAGUAAUAGGUCUGACAGGGGGGCUUGCCGCCCCUCUGGUGGCGGCCGGGGCAGCCGCCAUUAUCGGAAGUGCUGGGGCGGCCGCCCUGGGCUCAGUCGCUGGGAUCGCUGUCAUGGCGUCUCUCUUUGGCGCUGCAGGAGCAGGACUCACAGGGUACAAGAUGAAGAAGCGCGUGGGGGCGAUUGAGGAGUUUGAGUUCCUCCCAUUAACAGAAGGGAAGCAGCUGCACAUCACGGUGGCCAUCACCGGCUGGCUGUCCACCGGGAAAUUCGGGAGUUUUACGGCUCCAUGGAGCAGCUUGCUACAUUCCAAAGAGCAGUACUGCUUAGCCUGGGAGUCCAAAUACCUGAUGGAACUGGGCAAUGCCCUUGACUCUCUGUGGAACGGAUUAGUUAACAUGGUGGCCCAGGAAGCCUUGAAAUACACUGUCUUGGCAGGUAUCGUCACAGCCCUCACCUGGCCUGCUUCACUGCUCACGGUCGCCAGCGUGAUCGACAACCCCUGGGGAGUGUGUCUGCAUCGCUCGGCCGAAGUAGGGAAACACCUGGCUCAGAUCCUGCUCAGCCGGCAGCAGGGCAGGCGGCCUGUGACUUUGAUCGGCUUCAGCCUGGGCGCCAGAGUGAUUUACUUCUGCCUGCGGGAGAUGGCCAAGGAGAAAGACUGCAAAGGGAUCAUUGAAGACGUGGUCUUGCUGGGGGCACCUGUGGAAGGAGACGCCAAGUCCUGGAAGCCAUUCACCAAGGUCGUUGCGGGCAAAAUCAUCAAUGGCUACUGCAGAGGGGACUGGCUGCUGAGUUUUGUCUACCGGACAUCUUCCGUUCAGCUCAGUGUUGCAGGGCUUCAGCCAGUGACCCUGGACGACAGGAGGAUGGUGAACGUGGAUCUCUCCUCCGUGGUGAGCGGCCACUUGGACUACAUGAAGCAGAUGGACACGAUCCUGAAGGCUGUGGGUGUCAAAACCAAGCAGUGCCGUCUGGAGGAAGGGGGGACCCUUGCCGUUCUCUCGAAUAAGACCGCGGAAAGUCAGGCAGUUGCCCUGCACGACGAUGCACCAGCGGAGCCAAGCAUGAGGCAGGAAGAGGAUGAAGAUACGGUCCACAUUGCCCCCUGGUCGUGGGAGCCAGUUCCCUCUCAGGAAUUAUGCCCAGGGGACUCAGCACAGGGGCUGGGUUCUGAACUGAGAGAAAACUCGCAAGCCCAGGAGCAGCAGAACCGGCCCGGUCAAGAAGAACCUUUCACCACUGAUGCUUCAGACUCCUCUCAUCAUUCUCAAACAACUGAUCACGCCACCUGUGCCAUUGAUCCUCUUUCCCCAUCGUCCAGAUAACAGAAGAUGCAGCACAGCAUGAUGGUAACUGUAGUAUUGUCGGGGACUGCUCCAAGCUUCCCCACAUUGCUGCUGUGGUGUGGAAAACCUGGAUGCUUUGCACAGGACAGCAAAUUUCUGUCCAGGAUCGGGACAGCUGUUUCGUGUGGCCUUCCACCUCCCAGCAGUUUGCUGGUUCUGGGAAGUGGAUCAAGCAGGCCAUGAUGUGGCCAGGAAGUCUCCUGCACCUGAACUCCACAGUCCAUGGAUUUAUCCAACCCUUUAAAAAGUAAUUUAAGGUCCCUGCCACAUGGCAGGGGAAAAA